GAGGCGUGGCUCGAACGCGGAAGGUGGAGCUCGUGACUCCGCCUCCUUCCAUUCAUGCCCGGCGCGGCCUCACCCCAUUGGCCCUCCAAGAGAGGGGGCGUGGCCGGCCGGAGCCCCGGGUCCCCAGUAGGAGCGGAGGCGCCAUGCGGAAAGGGCCUCGGCGGGGCCGCGCGGGGAUGGGGGUCCCGCAGGGCGGCCUGGAGCCCGGAGGCUUCCCCGCCGCGCGGAAGCGGAGCCUGGGGAGCAGCCGCCGCCUCUGGCUGGCCGGGCUGCUGGCCCUGGCCGCCGGCUCCCUGGCGGGGCUUUACCUGCUCUGGCAGGUGGGCGAGGACCCGGCCGUCCAGCCCCGGGAGGCGGCGCAGGAGGAGCUGAUCCCGGGCGCCCAGGUACCUACAGGUAGGGGGGGGGGUUGGGGGUCUGGUGCACGCGCGUGAGUUAGCGGGGGGGGGGGAGAGGGGGUCGCUUCCAGAUCGCCGCCCUCCAAGGCGCUGUGGAACUCCCUGCCUCUUGAUGUGCGCAUCCCCCGCUUCCAGUAAUAAUAAUAAUAAUACAGUGGUACCUCGGGUUACAGACGUUUCAGGUUACACACUCCGCUAACCCAGAAAUAGUGCUUCAGGUUAAGAACUUUGCUUCAGGAUGAGAACAGAAAUCGUGCUCCGACGCCGCAGAGGCAGCAGGAGGCCCCAUUAGCUAAAGCGGUGCUUCAGGUCAAGAACAGUUUCAGGCCCAGCCACUCCCAAUCAAAUGUUAAAAACAGUACAGCAUUAAAUAUCAAAAACUUCCCUGAACAGGGCUGCCUUCAGAUGUCUUUUAAAGAUAGGAUAGCUGCUUAUUUCCUUCACAUCUGAAGGGAGGGCGUUCCACAGGGCGGGCGCCACCACCGAGAAGGCCCUCUGUCUGGUUCCCUGUAACCUCGCUUCUCGCAAUGAGGGAACUGCCAGAAGGCCCUCAGUGCUGGACCUCAGUGUCCGGGCUGAACGAUGGGGGUGGAGGCGCUCCUUCAGAUAUACUGGGCCAAGGCUGUUUGGGGCUUUAAAGGUCAGCACCAACACUUUGAAUUGUGCUUGGAAACGUACUGGGAGCCAAUGCAGAUCUCUCAGGACCGGUGUUAUGUGGUCCCAGCGGCCAGUCCCAGUCACCAGUCCAGCUGCAGCAUUCUGGAUUAGUUGUAGUUUCCGGGUCACCUUCAAAGGUAGCCCCACAUGGAGCGCAUUGCAGUAGUCCAAGUGGGAGAUAACCAGAGCAUGCACCACUCUGGCGAGACAGUCUGUGGGCAGGGAGGGUCUCAGCCUGCGUACCAGAUGGAGCUGGUAGACAGCUGCCCUGGACACAGAAUUAACCUGCGCCUCCAUGGACAGCUGUGAGUCCAAAAUGACUCCCAGGCUUCACACCAUGUAUCCUUUCUGGCGCCUGCUAGUUCUUGUUUAGGCAAAGGGUUUAGAGAGCUUGCAAGGGGUUUCUCUGCGCUGCCGCGGUGUCAACUACCUGCACGUUUUUAAUUAUGCUAGAAAAAUGCAACUUGUGCUGCUCAUAGAAGUAGUACGACUCAUGCAACACGUUGGCGACUAAUAUCCACACAGUAGAAAAAUAAAGAAAACAGAAGACUGACUUAAGCACUUGAAAAAUCCAUUGAAAUCAGACAUUUUAAGUUCAUCUCAUUUUGGGUAGUUCGCAAGUCUCUGUGGCUUUGUACAAGGUUUUGCAUUUUUCUCAGAAGAUUGAUAAAGAAUGUAUAAUCAUUUUGGUAAUUAUUGUGUGUAUAUUAGUCGCCAACGUGUUGCAUGAGUCGUACCACCGUUUUUCAUUACGGCUGCAAGUUGGUUGGGCUGCUUUAUCAUUUUAUUUUGCAAACCGCUCUGAGGUUCCCCUCCACCGUACAAUCAAGCAGUGCGGUACAUAUAAAUUUUACGAAGUAAGUGCAUCCGUGCUACUGUGCAAUGCGGAUCGGGACAGGACAGAUUCCAGGUCGUGGGGGGUGGGAUCUCCCUUUGGGGUUUUCAGGUUUGUGGUUUGUUGGAUACAGGCCAGACUGGGUCCCCACCACGGGAUCUUCCUGCAAAGGCUUUGCAAUGAAAGACUUUUAUUUUUAUGUAUUGAAUUUUUAUACCGCCCUGUUCCCCGGUGGUCUCAGGGCAGUUCACAGAAUCCGCCUCAGAGCCUUAUGACCGGCAGAAUUCAAAGGGGCACCUACCAUAGCUGUCAACUUUUCCCUUUUCUUGCAAGGAAUCCUAUUCAGAAUAAGGGAAUUUCCCUUUCAAAAAGGGAAACGUUGACAGCUAUGACCUAGUCAUUCCCCUUCAACACACAAAAAUCCUCUCCUGGUUACCCAAAGCUUCCUUCCUUUUUCAGCCAUAUAAUUUAGGCUGGAGAUGACCUAUUAGUCCAGACCAUAUGCAAGCAGGACUGUGCUGGCUGGGGCCGGUGGGAGUUGUAGUCCAAGAUGGCCGUGCUGGCUGGGGCUGAUGGGAGUUGUAGUCCAAGAUGGCCGUGCUGGCUGGGGCUGAUGGGAGUUGUAGUCCAAGAUGGCCGUGCUGGCUGGGGCUGAUGGGAAUUGUAGUCCAAAGCUGCUGGAUAUGUGGGAGAAAUAUUCACCUGCAGGGAGCCUCACCACAAAGCCUCAGCUAUGGGGAAUUUUGAUUUCCCCUUAGAAAUCAAAGCAGGAGCAGGAGAGAUGGUCUGAGCUUGGCAGGAUUUCUUUCAGUGAGGCUGGACUUAGAUACUAUGGUGCCCAGAGCGAGGACAAAAAUUGCCCCACCCCCCAAUAAUUCUUAUUUUCACAAUACAGUGGUACCUCUGGUUGCGAACGGGAUCCGUUCUGGAGGCCCAUUCGCAACAUGAAAAGAGUGCAACCCGCAGUGGCGCAUCUGCGCAUGCGCGGGUUGCUGCUUCUGCACAUGCGUGAGCGGCAACACCCGGAAGUAACCCUUUCCGGUACUUCCGGGUUUCCGCUGGAUGUAACCUGAAAGAACGUAACAUGAAGCAAACGUAACAUGAGGUAUAACUAAUUAAUUUUUGUACAAUUGCUUUUUUAUGUAUCUUCUCAGUAGAUACCCAUAUAAAUGUUGUUAUUUUGCACCUCCUCAAAUCUGCACCCUGUGCGGGGCAACUGCCUGCGCUGCCCUAAAUCUGGCGCUGCUGGGAUUGUUUUCUGACGAAGCUUUUCUCUCACCUUCUUGGCAGCUGAAGCACAAGCCCCAAAACCUGACUAGCGGUCAGCUGAAAGACCUGGCCUCGCAGGUUCAACUGCAGCGCCUUUGGCGUAGCUACCUGCAGCCCAUCCUGAUCGAGAGGUACUCUGGAAGCCCUGGCAACGAAAAAGUCCGGCAGGUGAGUCCAAGCGCUAAUCUUGCAGCGGGCGACCGAACACGUCAUGGCGAGCCGUAAACUUCAGGUUACGGUCCUCCUUUGUAAUCGCUGCAUCGUCUCACCAUUGGGGGCAUAGAUGUCAACUUACAGAUUUGAAAAUAAGGGACCAGCAGCCUUGAAAAUAAGGGAUCAGCAGCCAAAAUAAGGGAUUUUCGGAGCACAGGUAUGUUCGACUUCUGAGCCCCUCCGAGCCAAAGGCAGAAAGCCCAGCCAGCAGCCAAAGGAAUCCUCAAGCGGGGAUGCAGCAAGGAAAACCGCCAUCACCUCUCCGCUGGGAAGCACUGAGCAAAGGCGAGUUCCCAGGCAAAGCGGCCGAUUUGAUCAGCACAAGGCAUGCAAGCUCCACCCCCCAGUCGUUCUUAGACUCCUUAUUGGGUGAGCAACGCAGCCAAGCAACACAGUAGGAGCCUCCCUCCUCCCUGGCCAGCAGGGAGGGAGAGGAGCUGCUUCCUUUGAAACCCGGGAAAUUUACGGGACAUCAUCAAUAAGGGACAGCAGCGGGACAUGGCGCUAGGAUAAGGGUCUGUCCCGCCAAAUAAGGGACGCUUGACAGCUAUGGUUGGGGGACAUGGAAUGCUCUCGCUGCUGCAGUAGUUGUGUCGAAAAAUAAAUUCAUUUGAUAUCUGUCCUGAGUCUUCCAGCGCUCUGUCUCCUUGGAAGUCCUUGAGUUUUAUGAGAGAGGGUAAAAAACUGAGGACUAGGAACCUUGUGUGAGUGACUCAAGUCCUUCGCCUUCUCUUCUUCCUAGUUCAUUGUGGAGAAGCUGAGGGAACUGGGCGCUUCCUGGCACAUAGAGGUGGACGCCUUCAAAGACCGGGCGCCGCACGGCGUCGUCGGCUUCGCCAAUGUGGUGGCUACGUUGGACCCCGCAGCCACCUGGCGCCUGGUUUUUGCCUGCCACUACGACUCCAAAUACUUCCCCCGCGACAAGCGUGGCCGGGCCUUCCUGGGGGCAACGGACUCGGCUGUGCCAUGUGCCAUCCUGAUGGAGCUGGUGACGGCGCUGGACGAGGAGCUGAAGAAAUCGAAGGAGAGGGUGAGCGGGUGGCCUUUCCUGGGCAGAAAUGCUCCGAUUUCCUUUUGUGCCUCUUGCAGAAAGGGGGAGUAAGGGCUAGUGGUUAGAGCGGCCGGUGGGGAACUUUUUAAUGUUUCAUUUGUCUAAAAGUAUUGUUGUUUUGUCGUUUAGUUGUGUCCGACUCUUUGCGACCCCCCAGACCAGAGCACGCCAGGCACUCCUGUCCUCCACUGCCUCCCAGAGUUUGGUCAAACUCAUGCUUGUAACUUCGAGAACACUAUCCAACCAUCUCGUCCUCUGUCAUCCUUCUCCUUGUGCCCUCCAUCUUUCCCAACAUCAGGGUGUUUUCCAGGGAAUCUUCUCUUCUCAUGAGGUGGCCAAAGUCUUGGAGCCUCAGCUUCAGGAUCUGUCCUUCCAGUGAGCACUCAGGGCCGAUUUCCUUCAGAAUGGAUAGGUUUGAUCUUCUUGCAGUCCAUGGGACUCUCAAGAGUCUCCUCCAGCACCAUAAUUCAAAAGCAUCAAUUCUUCUGCGAUCGGCCUUCUUGAUGGUCCAGCUCUCAAUUCCAUACAUCACUACUGGUUUUCCCACUAGUGAGAUUAUUAUUAUUAUUUAAAUGUGUAUACUUCCCUUCAUCCAUAGAUCUCAGGGCAGUUCACAGUGUAAAAAUGUAAGAUAAAAAAACACAAAAUACACAAUGAAAACAAGAAGAGAACAAAAUAAUAACCCCCUCUCCCAUCUACAAACACAUUUUAAAGGAUAUAGGAUGUUAGCCGGCCAAAAUCCUGGUGGCAGUUGCUGUUUGAGCUGUGAAGAUCAUGCAGAAGACCAGUUCUUUCGACAACAUCACUAUCAUCCAAAAAUAAAUAUUAAUCUAUGACAAAAAGAGGAACCGCCGAUCAAACGCAUGGCUGUAAUUGCCUUGAGGUUGUCAACGUGGGGCAUGAUCAACUUGUUGUCUUCAUUACCCAUUUUAGGAAUGCGACAGCUGUAAUAGUGUUGUUAUCUUCCUUUUUAAUUUUCCAAUAAAAACAUCCAAUUAAUAUAUCCAAUCAUAAUAUUCCAAUUAAAAUAAAAAACUAAAAAAGACCAAAUUAUAAUCCAAAUUAUAAUUAUUGAUUUUUCGGAGCUCCCCACGGUCUGGACCUCUGAAGCAUAUCUCCACAUCUCAGUCCUGCCUCUCCUCCUUGUUUCCAUAUUUCCACAUCUCGAUUUUAUCGCUUUAAAAUUCUCCGUCCCUGGUUCCACGAUUCUCAAUCAUGAGAUAAGAGCUGUUCGACAGUGGAAUUUGCUGCCAAGGAGUGUGGUGGAGUCUCCUUCUUUGGAGGUCUUUAAGCAGAGGCUUGACAACCAUAUGUCAGGAGUGCUCUGGUGGUGUUUCCUGCUUGGCAGGGGGUUGGACUCGAUGGCCCUUGUGGUCUCUUCCAACUCUAUGAUUCUAUGAUGUCAAACUUCAUCUAUCCUUUCAUCUGUCGAAUACAGCUUUAUUUGUAUGUAUAUAUUUUUCCAACUGCCUUUUUACCGGCGUGGCUUCUGUUAACGGAAAAAUCCGAGGGCUCCCUUGGACAAAAACAAAGACACCAACCAGGAUAACUUGGAGCAAAACAGCAGCCUGUAGGCUUGGCCUUUAUUGAAUACCGGCGCGACAGGACUCCCACCUGCCACCAGGUGGAACAAGAUGGAAGCCCCGAACCAAAGAAGCCCCCAACUUUUGUUAGUUACUAAUCCCCCAAACUAUACCCCUAAGACUACAUCACAAAAAGGAGGGGUUGAGGGAGGAGUUGUGGAGGUAACCUGAGUGUCCUGUCACCUGGCUGGUUCCUCCUUUCCCCCUCCCCAUGAGUACUUUAGGUGACAAAGGGGAGUUGGUAGUUUCCUGCCCCCAGAGGGAAGAGCUGAUCAUUGUCCUUUGUUCCAGUCCGUGUUGAACCCACUCCCAUAUGCAAGUCCUUUGUGAUCUUGAUGGUCUUCUGUCUAGGACCAUCAGGGUCGGCAUAGCAACUGGGCAGGGCUCCUGUGUAUGUGCUGGGAUGGUGAAGAGAUUAUGGCUGCCCUGUAUCAAACCUUCCCCAUUUUGUAGUCCUUCCUUCAUGGAGUAAAAUAAAAGUGGAACGGUGCAAAUCCGAUGUAUGGUUGAUUUUCUAUGAAUUUAUAACAGAAGCGUAGCGUGCGUGCGUGCGUGUGUGUGUGUGUGUGUGAAGUUAUCCAAGUCUGUUACCAAUAGUGCCGUCGUCUUCUAAUGCAUCAACGGCAACAUUGCAACCUGUUUUGAAGUUGAACAACCGAAGGAGGUCUAAAACAGCACGUCUCUGUGUUUUAGGGCUCCAAGGUGACGUUGCAGCUGCUGUUCUUCGACGGGGAGGAGGCCUUCCGGGAGUGGACGGAUCAGGACUCCUUGUACGGCGCACGACAUUUGGCUGAUCGCAUGGCAAAGGCGCCACAUCGCGCGGGCCUCAGCCAGCUCCAGGCUAUCGUGAGUGCUUCUCUGAGCCAGCUGCCUGAGAAACGGCUGGCUUUUCCUUGCAGAAAGGGAAGUGCAGGCCUUUGCCACAUUGGAAGGGCGGGGGCUUCCUUUCUGAUCUCUCCCUGUUCGGUUUGAAACCACGUUAAGCGCCACGGGAGCAGCUGGAGCUCAGUGGAAAAGCAUGCUGCCCCGUGCGCAAGAAGGUUCCUGGUUCAGUCUUCAGGUGGGAUCUGGGAAUGCCCUGGAGAGCCACUGCCAGUCAAUGUCUUCUUCUUCCUUGGCGAUCACACGUAGUAAUAAUAAUAAUAAUAAUAAUAAUAAUAAUAAUAUUUAUUUAUAUCCCGCCCUCCCCAGCCAAGGCCAGGCUCAGGGCGGCUAACAAGCAAUAAUAAAAGCAAGUUGAAUGAAUACAACUUAACAACAAGAUUAAAAUACAACAUUAAAACAUUAAAAUGCAGCCUCAUCACAGGAGGAGAAAGGAAAAAAGAAAGGGAGGGAAUCAAACUGACUCCAAGCCAAAGGCCAGGCAGAACAGCUCUGUCUUACAGGCCCUGCGGAAAGAAAUCAGAUCCCGCAGGGCCCUGGUUUCGUGAGACAGAGCGUUCCACCAGGCUGGAGCCAGUGUUAAAAAGGCCCUGCCCCUGGUUGAGGCUAAUCUAACUUCCUUAGGGCCCGGGACCUCUAGGGUGCUUCUAUAUAUGGACUCGUAGCCGAGUAAGAUUGUCUUCCAUAAACACGGUUUUAACAGUGAGUCCAUAAGUGACUGUGGAGGCCGAUUCUGGAUCCACACGUCCUUCCACAGUGGGGACAUGGAUUUCCGGGUAGGAGUUGAUCACGGUGAGGGUUUGCUAAGUGUGCCUUCCUCUUAGCGUGUUUCUCCCUUUCGUCCUGAGUUUGAGUGUCUUCAAAGCCCACGACAGCUUUGGUGAAGACUAUUCUCCAAUUAGAGCGCUCGCAGGCCAGUGUUUCCCAGUUGUCGGUGUUGAUACUACAAUUUUUUAGAUUUGCCUUGAGAUCGAGUCUUUAAACCUCCUUUGUUGACCACCAGCAUUACGCUUUCCAUUUUUAAGUUCAGAAUAGAGUUGCUUUGAAAGACGAUAAUCAGGCAUCCGAACAACAUGACCAGUCCAACAAAGUUGAUGUUGAAGAAUCAUUGCUUCAACACUGGUGAUCUUUGCUUCUUCCAGUACACUGGCAUUGGUUUGCCUGUCUUCCCAAGUGAUGUGUAAAAAUUUCCGGAGACACCGUUGAUGGAAUCUUUUGAGGUGUUGGAGGUGGCGUUUAUAAGUGGUCUGUGUUUCACAAGAUUCAGUAGGGUUGGUAGUACAAUAGCUUUGCAAACAAGCAUUUUGGUUUUCCUGCGAAUGUCCCAGUCCUCAAACACUCUGCAUUUCAAUGGGGAGAAAGCCGCACUCACAGAGCUCAGGCGAUGCUGGAUUUCGGCAUCAAUGUUGGCCCUUGUGGAAAGAUAACUGCCCAGGUAGGAGAAGUGAUUGACGUUUUCCAACGUUACUGUAGAUAGUACUGGGCUAGAUAGAACAAUAAUCUAGAGAAGGCAUCUUUCUAAGUCCCUGUGAAACAAGGGACUCCUGAGACCACCUGAGCCUCAAACGACAGCAGAGGACCUGGGAGUACCUGUGCGUGUGGUUUUUAUUAAGCAAUUUCAACAUAACAAAUUAUCAGUCCAUUUAAUCAAUUACAAUAUUUUCCCCCCUUCCCCCCACCCCUCCCUCUCCCUCCCACCAAAGACUUCUCUCAGCUCCCCUCUAUGAUUUCUUUACACAUAUCAUUCUCUGCAUAUUAUAAAAUUGUACAUAAAAAGGUAAAGGGACCCCUGAUCAUUAGGUCCAGUCGUGGCCGACUCUGGGGUUGCGGCGCUCAUCUCGCUUUAUUGGCCGAGGGAGCCAGCGUACAGCUUCUGGGUCAUGUGGCCAGCAGGACUAAGCCGCUUCUGGCGAACCAGAGCAGCGCACGGAAACGCCGUUUACCUACCCCCCGGGGUGGUACCUAUUUAUCUACUUGCACUUUGACAUGCUUUCAAACUGCUAGGUUGGCAGGAGCAGGGACCGAGCAACGGGAGCUCACCCUGUUGCGGGGAUUCGAACAACCGACCUUCUGAUCGGCAAGUCCUAGGCUCUGUCGUUUAACCCACAGAGCCACCCGUGUCCCCCAAAAUUGUACAUAUAUUCACCUAAUAAAUUUGUGAGUGUUUAUUCAAAACCUGCCAAGGAGUCCCGUUCAUUUUGUUGUCUUUUUUGAUAAUUUGCAAAAAGCUCCCAUUCUUCCUUAAAGUCACAGUUGUCCUUGUCCCGCAGUUUGUAUGUCAAUCUAGCCAACUCUGCAUAGUUCAUCAAUUUUUCUUGCCGUUGUUCUUUCGUUGGGAUUUCCUCAUUCUUCCGUCCUUGCGGGAGCACCUGUGUUUUUGACUCUGCAUUUUCCUGUUUCAGUCUCUCUUUGUUCUGCUGGACCUUUUGGGUGCCCGCCAACCGACCAUCCAGAACCAUUUCCGCAACACGGCCCUCUGGUUCGAAAGGCUCGUUGGCCUUGGUGAGCGUCACUCUUUGCGCCGGGGAGCCAAUCGGGAAAGGAGGGGGCGGGGCUCCAGGGUUGAUCGGCAUUUCAGACCCCGCCUCCAUUUCAGACCCCGCCUCCCAGGGAUGAGCAGCCAGUGGGGGGCUUGGGAUGUAAAGUUCUGUCCGAUAGAUCCACCUUCGCCAACCCGGCGCCCUCCAAGUGGACUGCAACUCCCCUGCCCAAAACCCCACAGAACGGCUGCCGCACAGUGUUGGCAGUACUGAGGUGGAUAGACCCAUGAUCUGAAAGGUCCCUGCGUCCCUUUAAGUCCAUCACUUUUGGGGGGUCCACGGGUGCCCCUUCCAUCCCUGCUUUAGACCUUUCUUCUACCUGUGCCACAGAUGUGGGGUGAGGCGUUCCCAAAGCAAAGGAAGGGUUGGACUCUGAUACACACAGAGGCUUGACCAGCAAGACUCUGGGAGGGGUGCGUAUAAUAAUAGUUCCUGUCCACCCCUCGGCCCAGGUCGUUUUAUUCACAAAAGAACUUUUUACGCAGCGUCCGUAAGAACCAAUCAGAUUUCCUCUGCGCAUUUUGAAAAACCCCACGUAGGACAAAGUUAAAGAUUAAAACUAAGGUAAAGGUAAAGGGACCCCUGGCCAUUAGGUCCAGUCGUGGCCGACUCUGGGGUUGCGGUGCUCAUCUUGCUUUAUUGGCCGAGGGAGCCGGCGUACAGCUUCCGGGUCAUGUGGCCAGCAUGACUAAGCCGCUUCUGGCGAACCAGAGCAGCGCAUGGAAAGGCUGUUUACCUUCCCGCCAGAGCGGUACCUAUUUAUCUACUUGCACUUUGACGUGCUUUCGAACUGCUAGGUUGGCAGGAGCAGGGACCGAGCAACGGGAGCUCACCCCGUCACGGGGAUUCGAACCGCUGACCUUCUGAUCGGCAAGCCCUAGGCUCUGUGGUUUAACCCACAGCGCCACCCGCGUCCCAUUAAAGAUUAAAACUACAAAGAGCUAAUUUCCUACUUGACCAUGCAUAUGCAGUUCAAAGUAAAUAAAAUAGGAAAGCAAUGCUUUUAGGAAAACCCGGAGGUCGUAAACAAGCGGUAAACAGGAGAGGAAGGAUGGCAAGGAGAUAGGGAUCUUUAUCACCUUCCUGUGAAACUAUUUCCAGGUCCUAAAAUGAACAAAACCAAGGAAGGGUACAACAACGAAACUACCUAUCUUUUAUGACCCAGGUUGCAUGCCUGGCGAAGCAACUGGCAACUGUGUCCUAUGGUUCUUAUAUGUGCUUGUCAGACAGAGAGAAAUGGGCAGUAGAGGCUUGUGGGAUUUGAUCAGAAAUUAUUGUCAAUGAAUUGAACCCGGUCAGCGCCAUGCUUUCAUAGCGGACACAAUGGCUUGAUGCAUAUUUUAGAAUUCCUCAUAGUAACCCUAUCUGAUCCUCACACUCUGGAUAUUUGCAUUCCUACAUCGGGGCUAGUGUUUUCCUCCAGUACAGUGGUACCUCUGGUUACGCACUUACCAUAUUUUUCGCUCUAUAAGAUGCACCAGACCACAAGACGCACCUAGUUUUUGGAGGAGGAAAACAAGAAAACAAGAAAGAAAAUAUUCUGAAUCUCAGAAGCCAGAACAGCAAGAGCGAUCGCUGCGCAGUGAAAGCAGCAAUCCCUCUUGCUGUUCUGGCUUCUGGGAUAGCUGCGCAGCCUGCAUUCGCUCCAUAAGACGCACACACAUUUCCCCUUACUUUUUAAGAGGGAAAAAGUGAGUCUUAUAGAGCAAAAAAUACGGUAAUUCGUUCCGGAGGUCCGUUCUUAACCUGAAACUGUUCUUAACCUGAAGCACCACUUUAGCUAAUGGGGCCUCCUGCUGCCGCCGCGCUGCCUCCGCGCAAUUUCUGUUCUCAUCCUGAAGCAAAGUUCUUAACCCGAGUUAAUAUUUCUGGGUUAGCGGAGUCUGUAAUCUGAAGCAUAUGUAACCUGAAGCGUAUGUAACCCGAGGUAUCACUGUAUUUGCUGGAAGUGCUUAGGGAGCCUGGAGAUAAUUCUCAGUUGGACCAUGGCUCUUACACUGCGCCUAAUCCCACUCUUUUGUUCUCUAGAGAAGCGGCUGCACCGACUCGGCCUUCUGGAGUCUCACGCAAAGGAGCAGCUCUAUUUCCAGCAACGCUCCUACUAUGACCCCGUCGAAGACGACCACGCUCCCUUCCUCCGGAGAGGUACUUCUCUCCCGCUUUCCCCCAGUUGCCCUGACGUCUUUUCGUUGCUGGUUCGAUCCGGUGUUUGCUCUUUGCAGCCUGCUCUCUUACCAAACAGGGGUUGGGAUAGAUGACCCUGGGGGGUGGGGUCCCUUCAGCUCUACAAUUCUAUAAAAUGGUCCUCUCGAGGAAGAAAGCAAGAGCUUUCAAAAUGGCAGGGGAAAGUCUCUCAAUGCAGUGAGCUGCAAGCUUGAAAACAGAGACCAAAAGCUCGCAGAGCAGAUUUCUAAAGCGGCCGCAAGUUUGGGCCGAUCUAAGGAGGAAGUGAGGGGAACCAUCUGUUGGUACUAAUGGCCCAGGCAUGGCUAAACUCGGCCCUCCAGCUGUUUUGGGACUACAACUCCCAUCAUCCCUGACCACUGGUCCUGUUAGCUAGUGUCUGUAAAUGGCCAUCCAGAGAACUACAAGAGCAACACUGCUGACGGAUUGGGUUGAGGGUUUUUUGAGGGGGUGGGGUUCCUCUUGUGUGGGUUGAACUGUCUGAGUGCACUCCUUGGUGGGAAGAAGGAGAACCAGGUAGCAAAUGUGUGCAGCUUCACCUAUUCUUGGGUGGGAGACGGCAACCUGUGAGAGUGCCAGAUUGCUAUUGGAACAGUAGAUUUCUGUGAGUCUUGGGUGGUAAUUAGAAUGGCUAUUUCAAUGAAUGAUAAGUUUCAAUGUCUCCUUGGUUUUGCAAUAAUAAUAAUAAUAAUAAUAAUAAUAAAUGUUCUUAUUUGUACCCCACCCACCUGGGGAAAUAACAGAAGUUUUUGCCUGGUGCUGGAAAAGAGGAAAGCAUCAGAACAACAUCCUGUUCUCAAAAGUUCGCAACCAGAUGCCAAAGAGAGCUUUCUCUCCCCACCCGUGAUUAUUGGCAGCUGGCUUUCAGAGGAUUAUUAUGAUUAUUAUCUAUUGCAUUUAUAUACUGCCUUUUCUCCCAAGGAAUUCAAUGUGGUACACAUGGUUCUCCUCCCCAUUUUACCCUCACAAGAACCCCGCUAAGUAGGUUAGGCUCAGCUGUUGGGUUGUCAAACCCCCACUUAAUCUGCAUGAUCCUGUUCACCAUUAGUGAUGGUAGCUUUUAAUGAGGUCAAUUUAGUCACAUUCUGGCCAAUAUGUGUGGGAAUUCAACAACUAUGGCUAUUAUAAACAACUACCAGACUUUCAGAAGACAUCUGAAGGCAGCCCUGUUUAGGGAAGCUUUUAAUGCUUAAUAGGUUAAUGUAUUUUAAUAUUCUGUUGGAAGCCGCCCAGAGUGGUUGGGGAGGCCCGACCCAAUGGGUGGGGUAUAAAUAAUAAAUUAUUAUUAGGCUGAGAGACAAACCUAGACAACAUCUUAAGAAGCAGAGACAUCACCUUGCCAACAAAGGUCCGUAUAGUUAAAGCUAUGGUUUUCCCAAUAGUGAUGUAUGGAAGUGAGAGCUGGACCAUAAAGAAGGCUGAUCGCCCAAGAAUGGAUGUUUUUGAAUUCUGGUGCUGGAGGAGACUCUUGAGAGUCCCAUGGACUGCAGGAAGAUCAAACCUAUCCAUUCUGAAGGAAAUCAGCCCUGAGUGCUCACUGGAAGGACAGAUCCUGAAGCUGAGGCUCCAGUACUUUGGCCACCUCAUGAGAAGAGAAGACCCUGGAAAAGACCCUGAUGUUGGGAAAGAUGGAGGGCACAGGGAGAAGGGGACGACAGAGGACGAGAUGGUUGGACAGUGGUCUCGAAGCUACCAGCAUGAGUUUGACCAAACUGUGGGAGGCAGUGGAAGACAGGAGUGCCUGGCAUGCUCUGGUCCAGGGGGUCACAAAGAGUCGGACACGACUAAACGACGAAACAACAACAUUAGGCUGAGAAGAGGCUGUCGCCCAGUGAGCUCAAUGGCUGAGUGGGGAUUCAAACCCGAGUCUCUCAAGUUGUAGUCCAGCACUCUUACCCAUUAUGCCACACUGGCGUACUGCGUCCCUGUCAGAGAACACAGCCCUCAUGGCCAAUAGACAUGGGCAGCCUUAUCCCUCCAGUAAUUCGUUGUCUCCUCUUUUUACAGCCUUCCAAGCUGAUGGCCAUUAUUCCUACCUCUUGUGGGAGAUUCUGAAUCAGGGGCCAGUUGGGGUUUUCCAUCUGUCAUGGGUGCUUUUGUUGAGAUUCCUGCAUUGUACACGAGCCCUUCUAACUCUAGGAGUCUGUCUCUCCUUGUUUUUUAGAGCCAGUGAGAGCUAGUGUGGUGUAGUGGUUAAGAGCGGUGGACUUGUAAUCUGGUGAACUGGGUUCGCUUCCCCGCUCCUCCACAUGCAGCUGCUGGGUGACCUUGGGCCAGUCACACUUCUCUGAAGUCUCUCAGCCCCACUCACCUCACAGAGUGUUUGUUGUGGGGGAGGAAGGGAAAGGAGAAUGUUAGCCACUUUGAGACUCCCUAGGGUAGUGAUAAAGCGGGAUAUCAAAUCCAAACUCUUCUUCUCCUUCUUUUAAAGAAAGAAAGAAAAAACACCUGCGUUUGAACAAUGUGCUUGGUAGAAAAUGUACUUGUGGUUUUUGGGCAACGCUGGGCUCACAGCUUUUGAUUCCUUCUCUCUCUUUUUCUUUGCCGAAGGUGUUCCAGUCCUUCACCUCAUCACCACACCUUUCCCCGCCGUCUGGCACACCUUCGAGGACACAGAGGAGAACUUGCACCCGCCCACCGUGCUCAACCUCUGUAAGAUCUUGGCAGCUUUCCUGGCGGAAUAUCUGUGGCUUUAGGGGGAAAGGACUCUCCUGCUGAGCCCUUUGGUUUUUGGUCAACCGAGAUGUGGAACGGCUGGAGGAUGCGCUUCGUUUAAGAACCAGCACAGUCGCUUGCCAGGGACUUCGUCUGCGGCCCUUGCAGAAGCUGCGCUCAUGGCCCAAAGGGAUGUGGGGAGAGACAGGUUGGGAAACGGAAGGGUCUCGGACCUUGUGUCUUGGGGAAUUAAGCCUUCAGGCCCCUCAGGGAAUGUGGCUGGCCAGGCAAGAGGACCCCAGACUGAUCUCCAAGAUGGCACAGAUCAGGGAAACCAAAUUGGAGUGGCGGUAGAGAGAAUAAUAAUAAUAAAAAAAAACUUCCUUUCUUCCCAAGGGAUUGUAGUACAGUGGGCGCUCGGCUUGCAAACAUCCACGCGGGAUGCACGUCCGUGACCCGCGUGUGUCGUGAUUUGGCGCUUCUGAGCAUGUGCAAAGCGCGAUUUAGCGCUUCUGCGCAAGCGCCGAAACCCGGAUGUAACCGUUCCAGUACUUCCGGGUUCGGCGCAGUGCGCAACCCGAAAUCGCACAACCCGAAGCGUCUGUAACCUGAAGUAUGGCUGUAGUUUCUUGGGGGGGGGGGACCCCCAACCCGUUCCUGAUCAGCAACCCUACAAUGGGCACUCUUCUUAUUAAUAAUAGUCUUGAAUCCAAGUUCUGCUCUUGAGCCAUUUUGGAAACUGAGGCCUGGUUUUUCGAAGUGUCCAGGCUCCUUUUGGUUCCACAGAAUGUGGCUAUUGACACGUGAUAGAGACACGAUUCAGGGACAACCGUUUGCACUCUGAUCCCAGGUACUUAAAAUGAAAUUUUCUUUUCGCCUGAGGCAGCUGUUUAGUCUGUGCUGGGGCGGUGUAGAACAAUGUCCAAGUUGCUCAGACGCCUACUUCUGCCCCCCGACCUAUUCCGUCCUGUACCAAGCAAAAACAGGUUUUUACUCUGUUUUUAAUUUAAUAUUUAUUGUUGAGCCUUAAGGCCACUUUGGGUGUGGCAGCUCUGCUGUGUGGAAAAAGUUUGGGUGGGAGGGAGAAAUUCUCAUGUCACAUUCAAGCUAAUUCUGGGUUACGCACCUUCCUUAUUCCAAAGUGACUCCGAGGCCUGGUUUAGACACACGACGAAAUCCUGAGUUAGGAGAGUGGGAUGCCACUUCUGAAUGCGUCCUCACCUUUUUAAAGCAUACCUGCAAGUAAAAAGCUAGCAAAUCAACGAGAGAUUCCAGUUCAGCCCUCUUCCUGGUGUUCUAGCUUUCUACUUGCAAGGACUUAGUUUAAAAAAAAGUAAAAGCUGGGGAACAAUCUGAAGUGUUACAAUCCAUUAUUCCAUCUCAGACUACGUCCCCUCCCUCAAAUGGUUCAUUGACAAGUAUUACAAUAAAAGUUUCUUGCAACUUUCUGCUCUUUCAUCUAUGUGUGUGUGUGUG